GAGUACGGAGUAGUGGCCGUUGGUUGGGAGGAGUACGGAGUAGUGGCCAUUGGUUGGGAGGAGUACGGAGUAGUGGCCAUUGGUUGGGAGGAGUACGGAAUAGUGGCCAUUGGUUGGGAUGAGUACGGAAUAGUGGCCAUUGGUUGGGAGGAGUACGGAGUAGUGGCCAUUGGUUGGGAGGAGUACGGAGUAGUGGCCGUUGGUUGGGAGGAGUACGGAGUAGUGGCCGUUGGUUGGGAGGAGUACGGAGUAGUGGCCGUUGGUUGGGAGGAGUACGGAGUAGUGGCCGUUGGUUGGGAUGAGUACGGAGUAGUGGCCGUUGGUUGGGAU